AUGGCCCGCAUAGCCAGUCUACGCUAUAGCAGGGAUGGACAAAUUCGAGAAGUUGCAUUAGUAACAGCCGCGAAACGACGGAUAAAGCGUCCUACAAUGGAGAAAAUCCAAAAGACCAUAAAAUACUAUCAAAAUCACCAACAAAAGCGGCUGCGCAAGGAAGAAUCGAAACACCCCUAUAAUCUUCGGCCACUCAAACUAGUGAAUUACGCAGAACCGAUUACCACUAACUUAAUAGUAGGGAGAACGACCCCCCGGCAAUGGUUCCUUUUUCACAUUAUGAUGUUCUCAUUAAUAGCAACAGUAUUGUUAACAGGCGUACGAGGAGAAGAAAUAACACUAUCAGAAAAGGGAACCAUAUAUAACGCAGCAGCAAAUACAACAUUCAAAAGCACUAAGAGUCAGUGGGAAAGGAACCGACAAAAUAGUGAUCGAGUUUAUGCUGAUCCGCACCGAGUUGAGGACUUUGUUAAGCGUACCCCCUCCGCUGAUAGCCAUGUAAGCGAUUUCAAAGAGCAAUUGGAACGCAAUGAUGUCACAACCGCAGUACGAUGA